AUAGGGUUCCUGAUAGAGAAUAUGGCCACUUGCUGGUACUGGGCUCCAGAAAUCAUGUUGAAUUUCAAGGGCUACACCAAGUCCAUCAACAUCUGUUCUGUGGGCUGCAUCCUGGCAGAGAUGCUCUCCAACAGCCCCAUCUUCCCCAGGAAGCAUUACCUCCACCAGUUGAAACAUGUUCUGAGUAUUCUUGGAUCCUCAUCUCAGGAAGACCUGAAUUGUAUAAAAAAUUUAAAAGCUAGAAACUAUCUGCUCUCUCUUCCACACAAAAAUAAGGUGUCAUGGAACAGGCUUUUCCCAAAUGCUGACUCCAAAGCUCUGGGUUUACUGGACAAAAUGUUGACCUUCAACCCUCACAAGAAGAUUGAGGUGGAGCAGGCUCUGGCCCACCUGUACCUGGAGCAGUACUAUGACCCGAGUGAUGAGCCCAUCACUGAAACACCCUUCAAGUUUGACAUGGAAUUGGACGACUUGCCCAAGGAAAAGCUCAAAGAACUCAAAUCUAAAAUGUCCUCCUUAUGUGGUCAUUUGCUUGAGGCAGAACGUUCAAGGAUCUGCAAGGUACAGUUCCUGCUCCCAAGUUUACAUCAAUCUAUUUCUGUUGAAGAAAUUUCAGUGCCCUUUUGGUUUCGAAAUACCAAAUCCAAGGGUCAUGUUAAUGCAGUACCUGCUGGAGUAGAAAGAAACUCAGCAAACAUCAAACUGAUUACACUUUGA